CCGCCAGUCGCCAGCGGAGCGGUCGGAGCAGACCAGCUUAGUGUAUUAUAAGACGGCAGUGAAGUAGAACGUUGCAUCUCCUCUCCUCACUCAGUUAGAGCGUGGUCUGCCCUUCGACUCGAUACUGCCAGAACAACAGAGUGAGGAGGAACUACAGACUGACCUCAAGUGGUAACCCCUGACGUUCCAUGACCUUUCCUGACCUGGGGCGGUGAUCUGACCGGCGCCAUGGCCAUCGGCACGUUUGAUGACAUCUUUCAGCACAUCGGCGGCUUCGGCAAGUAUCAGAUGUUUCUGUUCAUUGUCAACUGCUACAUCAAUGUUAUGUUCGUGUUCGUGUACUUCGGCCAAAUCUUCAUGACGGUUGUGCCCCCUCACUGGUGUGCCGCGCCCCCUCACCUUGCCACCCUCAAUCUAACGGCGGAGCAGCUCAAGGACCUCACCAUUCCUAAGGACGAGGACUCGGGCGCCUAUGAGAAGUGCCGAAUGUACGAGGUGGAUUUUAUUGAGGUGAUAGAGACUAAUGCCUCUUGGCAAAACGCCAGCUGGCCAAUCACCACCUGCCACCACGGGUGGAACUACGACUACUCUCUCUACUACCCCUCCAUCACCUCACAGCUGAACUGGGUGUGUGAAGAGGACUGGCGACCCACCUUGGCGCAGUCCCUGUUCUUCGUGGCCGCCUUCGUCGCCUCGCCCCUGUUUGGCUGGGCAGCGGAUUACUUUGGUCGCUUGCCCGUUAUUGUCUUUAGUAACCUGCUGGGCGCCGCUGCAGGGAUCGCCUCCGCCUUCGCCAGCUCAUUCAUUACCUUCACGGCCCUAAGGAUGCUGGUGGGAAUGACGUACGACACUCACUAUAUGGUCGUCUAUAUAUUACUGUUGGAGUAUGUGUCGAGCGAGUACCGCACAGUGAUGGCCAACGUCCCCAUCAUGGUGUUCCUGACGUUGGGUCUCUGCGUCAUGCCCUGGAUGGCUCUGUAUAUCGCUGACUGGUCCAUCUUUGCCAUCGCCAUGCACGCGCCGCAGCUCAUCACCGUCUUCUUUAUAUGGACAGUGCCGGAGUCAGCGCGGUGGCUGAUGAGUAAGGGCAAUGUAGACAAGACGGUCAGCAUCAUCAGGAAGGCAGCAAGAAUUAAUGGGAGAGUCCUGAAGCCUAACGUGAUUGAGGAGUUUACGACAUUUGGGGAGAAGCAGGCUGAGAACAGCAACCAGUCAGUGAGCCUCGUCCACCUGGUAAAGACGCCUGUGCUGAGAAAGCGUUUCAUCUUACUCUGCAUCAUGUGGAUGGUGAUUAUUCUGGCGUACGAUGGCCACAUACGCAACACGGAGAACGUCGGACCCAACAUGUUCGUGACCUUCACUAUUGUGGGCUUCGUGGAGUUUCCCGCCGACCUGCUCACGAUGAUCACUAUGGAGAAGCUGGGCCGCCGCCACACCACCGUCUGGAGCCUCAUCCUCAGCGGUGUGGUCUGCCUCAUCAUUGCUUUUGUGCCGCCAGCGUACUCCUUGACGGUGCUAGUUUUGGAGGUGAUCGGCCGCUUCCUCAUUACCAUGUCAAUAAAUGUGGCGCAGCAGUACCCCGUGGAGGUGUUGCCCACGGUGGCGCGCGCAGGAUCCGCUGCCAUCCACACCAUGGGAUACAUGUCCGUCUUCCUGUCGCCUUACAUUAUCUACCUGUCUAAAUAUGGUUUCGCUGUUCCCUUCGUCACCCUGGGCUUGGUAUCAAUAGCUGGCGGCAUCACGAGUGUCCUGCUGCCUGAGACACUAGAUCAAGACUUGCCAGACACUUUAGUGGACGGCGAGACCUUCUUUGUUGGCCAGAGCUGCUGCUACAAUCCCUGGAGCAAAACACAAAAGGACGAAGAAAUGGAGCAGGACGAGAAGGCAAUAGAGACCAAGAGUCUGACAAGUGCAGCAUAAUUUGCAGAGGUGGGCGCGUUUCUGGAUAUCGGGUAGUCCGGUACUGCUCCUCCAGACCUCGAAACGCAGAUAGUCCAUACCUGUACUUCCGCGCCUAAAUUUUUUUUCCCUUGGUCCGGUAUCGCACUUCCACACCUCAGGUACCGUACCCAAAACUAUUAAAGAGCGCCCGAAAAAUCUAGUCCGCACCUCAAAAAAAUAAAACAAAAUACAAGUCAAUAAUACAUCAGAGCUCCAUAUAUAAUACAUAUAUAUAUAUAUAUAUAUAUAUAUAUAUAUAUAUAUAUAUAUAUAUAUAUAUAUAUAUAUAUAUAUAUAUAACGAAAAGGGGAUUAUGUAUGCUUGCAAGCAUUGUAAUGUAUGUACGGUGAGCAGUAACUGGAAGUCGUUGUAACUUAAAUUAUCAUUAUUAUUAUUAUUAUCAUCAUCAUCAUCAUCAUCAUCAUCAGAGAGAGAGAGAGAGAGAGAGAGAGAGAGAGAGAGAGAGAGAGAGAGAGAGAGAGAGAGAGAGAGAGAGAGAGAGAGAGAGAGAGAGAGAGAGAGAGAGAGAGGAGCAUGCUUAAACCUGAAUGAGUGACGUCACUCAAAUGGCGGGAAAAUAUACCUGGUAGCACAGACCACCAAAAGCGGCCGAAACUAGUGCUACGAGUGCGGACUGUUUUUUUUUUUUUUUUCUUUGAAAAUCUCAGAUGCAGAAGUACGGAUUCAAAAUUUCGCUUUUCUGCACCUGUCUCAGGUGCGGAGGUACGGACUUAAAAUUUCGUCUUUCCCACAUGUCUCAGGUGCGGAGGUACGGACUUAAAAUGUCGCCUUUCCGUACCUGUUAUUUCCGCACUUUUGAAAAAUUUUCCGCACUUCGGACCUCCACACCUCGUUUGGUGGUCUGUAGGUACGGAGGAGCGGAGGUG